GCUUCCAGAUAGUGACUGUGGUGAACACGUGGUACAGUUCCCUGCGGCCUCUCUUCAACUCAGAGGAGAACAUCACCAUGUUUCCCAUCGUCACCGAUGGCAUCCAGCGGUACCUGGGCACCAUCCUGGGCUCUUCUGUCAUCUCUACUACAGUCCUGGGUGACGGACAGCCUGUCAGCAUGGCUGUACGCUUCCAGCUCCAACACAGAGCUCAGAAUCCUGUAGGGACCGUGUAUGACCCAGUCUGUGCAUUCUGGGACUUUGAUCUGAUGCCAGAGGCAGGGGGGUGGUGGUCUACUAGAGGAUGUGAGGUCAUCUCUAAACAAUACGACUCCACUGUCUGCUUCUGCAACCACACCACCAACUUUGCCCUGCUGAUGCAAGUCUAUGAAGUCCAGAGGAGUCCAGAUAAUGAAAAAGCCCUCCAGGUGAUGACGUUCAUUGGCUGUGGAGUGUCUCUGUGUGGCCUACUCUUCACCUUCAUCCUCUUCAUUGCUGUGGGAGUUCCUAAGUCUGACCGCACCACUGUCCAUAAGAACCUGAUCGUGGCUCUGGGAAUAGCUGAGCUGCUGCUAAUGUGCAGUGACUGGGCCUCUGCUAACGAGGGGGUGUGUCUGGCGGUGACAGCCCUGCUGCACUUUUUCUUCAUGGCCUCCUUCUCCUGGAUGCUGGUGGAGGGGCUGCUGCUGUGGAGUAAGGUGGUGUCUGUCAACAUCAGCGAGGACCGCAGGAUGAAGAUGUACUAUUCCAUCGGCUGGGGUCUACCUGUUGUGAUUGUUGGUGUAACCUUGACGAUAUCCUUGGACAAGUACAAAGCAGACAAUCACUGCUGGCUCAAUGUGGAGACUGAUAUGAUUUGGGCUUUUGUGGGACCUGUUCUAUUUAUCUUGGUCGUCAAUGCAGUGGUGCUUUGCCGGGUAGUCAUAGUGACAGUGUCCAGCGCUCGUCGUCGCGCAAAGAUGCUCACUCCCAGUUCAGCAUCUAAACUCCACACCUUCGACCUGACCUGGGCUGUGACGCGACCAGUCCUUAUUCUACUGCCGGUGCUGGGCCUUACCUGGCUGUGUGGAGUCCUGGUGCACCUAUCCAUGAUGGUGGCCUAUGUGUUCAUCGCUCUCAAUGCUUUCCAGGGCCUGUACAUAUUCCUGGUGUAUGCGGUUUACAAUAGUGAGGUGAGAAAUGCCAUAAAGAGGAUCAAAGAGAAGAGGAAAGCCUUGUCUUUCACGAACUGUUCCCAGCCAAUCAGCUUUCUGCCGUCCCAGAGGGGUCCAGCCCAGACGUGGACCCACAGUCUGCCACCUCCCUCCAGCCCAGAGACCAGCGACAUCUCAGGCCCCGGCAGCACCACUUCCACAUCACUGGUCAUCAAGAGUGGUAGGAGAGGCUGGCCAGAGUGGGAGAGUUUUGGAAAAGAAAGUAGUUUCUCCUUGAAACCAGCAUCAGGAAACCAGGUGGUUCAACUGACUGCUUUCAAACCCUCAGGCUGCUGAUGGAAUGUUUGGAAUUGGACACAAAAUCAUAUUUAUCAUAUAACCUGGUGGGAAGAAAGCGGAAUUGCACAGUGAAUACCACAAACAGAUACACACAAUAGAUGCAUCCACUCUCAUACAAAUAUUGUAGAUGAUGUAAAUAGACACACACUCAAAUACUGCACAUAUAGAAUACACACACACACACACACAUACACAUACACCCCACAUACAGAAUGAAAGACUCAAAGAUGUGCACACACACACACACACACACAGAGCGUGUGAAGCAGGAAGCGUUUUUUUAGGGCGACAGCUCCUCCUCCACCACAGUGUCCCAUUCCCAGGGUCAGGAACCAUCUGCUGUUUAGGAAAUGGCUGUUCCAGAGAGGCAACACAACAUUUGUCGUGUGCAUAUCACACCUUCAGUCUUUUUUUACAGUUAUCUUUUUCUGUAUGUGUACUUUUUGUUUUUACAGACAUAACUAGACAGUAGACGUUACUGUUUUUACAGACAUAACUAAACAGUAGACGUUACUGUUUUUACAGACAUAA